AUGCUGUUAACAAUGUUAUUCAAUGAUGAUUUAACUUGGAGUCCUACACAUGAGCUAAUCUUUAUCUUUAGCUACUUUGCUUACUUUAGAAAUGUUAUCGCGCAUAUUUUGGUCAUCGAAAGAUUAAAUGCAACCCUUUCAUUUAGAAAAUAUGAGAGAUCACGUGGACCUUGUUUUACUUUUGGAUGGCUAUUUUUUGUGAAUUUGCUCACUUUUGGCACUGUAUAUGGUACAUCAACAACCUCCUCUACAACUUUUAUUAAUCUCUGCUUUUGGGCAAUUAUGUUUGUUUUGGCCAUUAUAGAGUUGAUUGCAAUUAAAUCUAUGAAAAAAUAUAAUGACCAGAUAUAUACAUCUCGUUCUUUUAUUAAUGCGACAUUAUCUGAACGUUAUCAGCUGGCAGAAAAUAUAAGAACAACUAAACAGCUAAUACCAAUUUUGGCUAUUCACUUUUUCAAUAUUGCUUUGGGAACUUUUGUUAAUUGGACAAUCUAUUACCAAGCUUUCGGCCCUAUUUCUACUGGAAUGUUUGCUUAUCAAUUAUUCAAUCAAAUUUAUAUGUUGAUUAUUGCUUUCACGAGUUUUUUGAUUGAAUUGACAAUGAUUUUGUGA